AUGACCACAAACACCAUCAUCGAGCGCAACCGCACCUCCUCUCCGCUCCUGCGCCUGCCUCAAGAGCUCCGCGACCAAAUCUACGGAUACUUGCACUACACCAGCUUCCUCACCAAGGAAGAGGGUCCCCUGCCGAGGAUGUACUGCAGGCGAAAAUUCCGCUACCUCGUCCCCAACGUCCUCGCGCUCAGUCAGGUGUGCCGGCAGCUGCGCGACGAAGCGGAUCUGCAGUCAUUGACAUUCAGUGUCGUCGAAGAGGACGGAGGAAUCCUUUUCAACACGGUGGUGAUGCUGCCCCGCCAGCAGGGUGUCACUUGGGUGAAUUGGAUCAAAAGGCUCCCGACAAAAUAG